CAGUAUGGGAACCGAACCGGCACCGGUCCACGAUAACAAAUCCUCAUCCUCCGCGGAGGAGUUUAAACUCGUCGGCUUCACUCGCUUCGUCCGCGUCAACCCCCGCUCCGAUCGUUUCCCCGUCAUCGGCUUCCACCACGUCGAGUUCUGGUGCGCCGACGUCGCCAGCGCUGCCGGCCGCUUCUCCUUCUCUCUCGGCGCUCCACUCUCCGCCUUUUCCGGUCUCUCCACCGCCAACCCCUUCCACACCUCCCAUCUCAUCCGCUCCCACGACCUCCGCUUCCUCUUCACCUCCCCUCUCCCAAACCCUAAUCCUAAUCCUAAUCCUCCUCCAAUCCCCUCCUUCAACCGCGACCUCUGCCUCCGCUUCUCCGCCGACCACGGUCUCGCAGUCCGUGCCAUCGCCAUCCGCGUCGCCUCCGCCUCCUCCGCCUUCGACAUCGCCGUCCACCACGGCGCCCGUCCUUCCUUUCCCCCCACCGACCUCGGUCACGGCUUCUCCCUUGCCGAACUCGAGCUCUACGGCGACGUCGUCCUCCGCCUCAUCAGCCACCCCGACGACCACCCCCUCUUCCUCCCUGGCUUCGAAAACGUGGCCACACCCCCAGCAUUCGAUUACGGGAUCCGAAGGCUAGACCAUGCCGUGGGGAACGUCCCGGAGCUGGUCCCCGCCGUGGCCUACGUUGCCGGGUUCACCGGGUUCCACGAGUUCGCUGAGUUCACGGCGGAGGACGUGGGAACGGCGGAGAGCGGGUUGAACUCGAUGGUGCUGGCUGACAACGAAGAGCGAGUGCUGAUCCCGAUGAACGAGCCAGUGAAAGGGACGGUGAGGAGGAGCCAAAUCCAGACCUACUUGGAUUACAAUGGUGGGCCUGGAGUGCAGCAUCUCGCUCUAUCAAGUGAUGACGUGUUGAAGACGCUGCGGGAGAUGCGAGCUCACACGGCCUUCGGUGGCUUCGACUUCAUGCCGCCGCCGCCGCCGACGUAUUACCGGAAUCUUGUGAAGAGAGCGGGGGAUGUGCUGACGGCGGAGCAGAUUAAGGAGUGUGAGGACUUGGGUGUGCUUGUUGACCGUGAUGACCAAGGUGUACUUCUUCAGAUCUUCACCAAACCCGUUGGAGACCGACCAACAAUAUUUCUGGAGAUAAUCCAGAGAAUUGGGUGUAUGACAAAGGAUGCAAAAGGGAAGGAAUACCAGAAAGGUGGGUGUGGUGGGUUUGGUAAAGGGAACUUCUCUGAGCUUUUCAAGUCUAUUGAAGAGUAUGAAAAAUCACUUGAAGCCAAAAUACCAGGGACUGCUGCUGCUGCUGCUGCUGCUGCUGCUGCUUUUUAAUUUAAGCUGUGGGUAUGACAUUUAAUUAUAUUCUCAACUAUAGAAAGAAAUGAGAGAAAAUAGAAGAUGAACCUUAGUUUGAUGGUCUUUGCUGCUGUUGCAUGAAGGGAACAAAAGAAAUAAAAAAAGAAUUUAUUUAUGACUACAACAACAAUGUUCCUGUUGCUUGCCUUUCUUUUAUUUGUGUUGUAAAUGAUAAUUGGAUUCCUACAUGACUUGGAGGUUGAUUUGCAUAUUCAUGUUUCAUC